UACAGUAAGUUUACACUGCAUCCAUACAUUUGAGGAUUAAGAUUUUAGUAAUAUACGUUUUUCAGUACUACAACAGUACUUUAAGUUUACAGCAACAGUUGACUAGCGAAAAAGCACAAAAUAGAAAAUUAAUCGUUAAUAAUUAAUACUUCAAAAUGAACACGUUUGAAUCGAAUUCACAGGACAAUAACAAUACAAGUUCAGAUGAGGAAGAUGAAGACGAAGAAGCCAAGGAACUGACUGAUGACGUUGAGAAAAGUUUUUUUAAAGCAUUGUCUUGUCUCAAGAAAGACGAUCCCAAGAUUUAUGAUGAAUCUGUUAAAUUUUUUGACUCGUCCACUACACAACAAAGUAUCAAAAAAUCAACUGAUGGCGAUAACAAAAGUUCAAAUCCUAUUUAUUUAGAAGAAUAUAAAAGGAAAAUUUUGUUAGAGCGGGGACCAGAAUUUGAUGACACCGAAGAAAUGAAUGAUGUUCUUAAGAAAGAAAAAGUUCGAAUGUCAUCGCCUUCAUAUGUAGAGGAACAGCAAGCUAUUAAAGAAAGUUUUAACUUUGCUCUUGAUGAUAAUUCUGACGAUGAAGACAUAAUAAAACCACGACUAAAGUCUAAAGAAGAACAGGAAAAAGAAGAAAAAGAUUAUUUGGAAUGGUUAAAAGGAAAUCGAGAUGAACUUGAAGAUGAGGAAACAAAAAAUGAUCUUCAACAUUUGCAUGAUUACUGGAACAAUCCUAAUUUGGAUGAAGGAGAACAGUUUUUAUGUGAUUACAUCCUUAAUAAAAGAUUUCUAGAAAACCCAAAAGAAGAAAGUUUAAUAGAAGAUGAAAUGAGAUUUUCUGAAGAGGAUGAAAUGCUUGAGAAACAUGAAGAAUUUGAACAUAAAUAUAAUUUUAGAUUUGAAGAACCAGAUAAAGAAUUUAUCAAAACUUAUCCUCGAACAAUGGAAAGUUCUUUAAGACGUAAGGAAGACAAACGUAAGAAAAAGCGAGAAGAACUAACUGAAAGAAAAAAAAAAGAAUUAGAAAAACGGUCCUUGGAAAUCAAACAACUUAAAAAGCUUAAAAAAAAAGAAAUUAUUGACAGAAUUAGAAAACUUCAAGAAAUAACUGGAAACAAGCGUGUAGGAUUUGAAGAAACUGAAUUAGAAGAGGAUUUUAAUCCAACUGAAUAUGAUCGUAAAAUGCAUGAGUUAUUCGAUGAAGAAUUUUAUGAUAAAAUGGAUGAUGAGAAACCAGUAUUUGAUGAUGAAGAAAAUGAGUUUAUUAUGGACUGUGACUAUGAUCCAAGUAUGGAUAAGAGAGCCAAAAAGCAAACUAGGGCUGCAAAACGCAAAGAAAAAAAGAAAACAAUGAUUGAUGAUGAUGAAGAUGAAGGAGAAAUAAACAAUAUUAAAAAGAUUCCUAAAUACAAUCCAGCGAAAGGAUCAUUUGAAAAAUAUAUUGAUGAAUAUUACAGUUUGGAUUGUGAAGAUAUUGUUAGUGGUGUUCCAACCAGAUAUACUUACAAUAAAGUUCUUCCCAAUGAUUAUGGCCUGACAAUUGAUGAGAUUUUAAGAGCUGAUGAUAAUGAGCUUAAUAAGUGGUAUCCUCUGGGAAAAUUGACUAAAAUUCAACCCGAAGCUGUUCAAAAAUUUGAAGCUAAGAUUUACAAACGAAAAGCUAAAGAUAUUGAAUUAAAAAAGAAAAUGUUACCUAGCCUUUUUAAAGAAGAACUUAAUGAGGUAGAUGAAAUCCAGGAAGAUAAUAAAGAAAUAGUUACAACAAAAAAGAAGAAAAAGAAAAAGAAACCCAUAAAAAAUGUUUUUAAAGUUGAAGAAGUUAUACCCAAAAACAGUGAUGGCCUUCAGAAUGGAAAAGGAAGUAAUAGCAAACAGUUAACUGACAAGUCCAAACUCAAGAAAAAUACUCAAAAUGAACACAAAAUGAUUAAAAAUGUUAAGAAAGUUGAAAAUACUAAAAAAGUUCAUAUUCAGAAUGAUAACUUAGUUUUGAAAAAUGUUAAGAAAACUGAAAAUGGUAAAAUUGAUAAUACUCAGAAAGAAAAUAUAAUUAUUAAAAAUGUUAAAAAAGCUGAAAAUAGUAAAAUUAAUAAUACUCAAAAUGAAAACAAAAUUGUUAAAAAUGCUAAAAAAGCAGAAGAUAGUAAAAUAGACCAGACACCAAAUAAAAAUAAAACUAUUAAAAAUGUCAAAAAAACUGAAAAGGGUAAAAUAAAUUCUACUCAAAACAAAAACAAAACUGUAAAAAAAGGUGAAAAACGAAAAAUAGAUCAUACUCAAAAUGGGUUGUAUAAAAAACAAAAGUUCUCGGUAAAAAAAUACAAACCUAAUAAAGAACCUAGUGCUUUAGAAUCAAUGACGGAUGACCGAUUAAAGGCAUAUGGAAUUAAUCCAAAAAAAUUUAGAAAUAAAUUAAGAUUUGGUAACAAUCAAUAAAACAGUUAAUUCAUUAAA